AGCAGUCUCAUGACCGGUCAUGGGCCUAGCACGAGUGAGCCGUCAACCGGCUUCCUUGUAUGUUCUCGAUAGACAUGCGUAUGAUUCUCUUCUCGAUGAAAUUUAAUCGCUACAUGUUCAUUUAGAACAAUUUUAUAAAACUUAAAUUAUUAAACUUAAUAAUUAAACUAUGUAUUUUUCACAUUUUUUUAAUAUAGUUUUAUUAAGUUCGAUGCUCUCGGUCAUCUUCAUACCAAAUAUUGGUGGUUCGGAAGAUGGCAAAAAAUCGAAGAGCCCCCGAGCGUUGGAGACACGAAACGCCGGAGGAGACGACGAUGCAGACAGUUUGAACCAAAGAGAUAACCUCGAGGACGAUGAUGAGGAAACGACCAAAGUACCACCGGGAUUUCUGAGUCCGUCAGUGAGGGAAUACUUGGAACUAGGAAGGUCAAUUCCAGGCAAGCCGGGCACGGACUAUCCCGUGCUGGCCGUGGUGCCGUACACGGACUUCUAUUGCGACGACCAGCCGUAUCCGGGAUUCUUCGCGGACGUGGACACCAGGUGUCAGGCGUGGCACUAUUGCGACAUCGACGGCCGGCAAGCGUCGUUCCUGUGCCCGAACGGCACACAGUUCAGCCAGGCCGUGUUCGUGUGCGACUGGUGGUUUAACGUGCGGUGCGACCUCAGUAAGGAGCUGUACCACAUCAACGAACGGCUGUACCGGACCACACCGCGACCGGACAGGCCGCACAGGGUGCUUACCAAGGAGCUGCUCGACCAGAUAUUCCUCUGAUCGACCACUAUACAAUUUAUAUACCUACAUAUCAUAAUUGUGUUAACGCCUAUACAUACACAUAAGUACAGGAUUAACGAUUUAAAAUUUUUAAAUACAACAUAACAAGAUGACUCCGCGGCCGUUCGAUUGAUAAAUACACAUGGUGUAUAUCUGGAAGCUUCUAAAGACAAAUUUAAAUGUAAUUACUGUCUAUAAAAUUGUUAAAUUCUCCAGGUACAUCCCCCUUAUCAUACAGUGACGUCUUCUCUCUCUUCUUCCCCGCGGCCCUCUAUAUUACAUAUUACUUUUUUCAUGUAAAUUGCUAUCAUUUGAUCCGACAACAAAUUUAGCAAUUCUUAGUCGCAAUAUCAAACGGUUUAUAAAUAAACGCAUAACGUUGAAUUUGGUUUUAGCUCCCGCGUAAAUUUUUGUAAUCUAUAUAAGUAUUGAAAAUCAAGUCAACUUUAGAAAGUGACCAUGACGCCUGAGGCUUAUACUGCAACCUGUCAACAAACGUCCACCGCUGCCACUAACAUAUAUAAUAUUUAUAACGCGGACUAGUCGACAAGACCUUUGUACCUACAUAUUUUUAGAAUUCCUCGUGCGCUCGCAGCAAUAUAAUUUUUACAACCUGCGAACGUCACACGACUAAAACCGAAUAAAAUUUAAUUUGCACAUUUAACGCGUAUAAUACGCUAUAUAAUAACGCAUUACACACCGCGGCAAGUGACCUUAUGUAUCGUGACGACAACCGCCCACCAAGCGUACCUCGGUUGACAUCCCGACCGGGGGGUCCACGGCACUCAUAUCGCCAAUAAUAUCCCGACACGAUAUUACAUACCAGUAGGUUCACGAAAUAUUACACCGCGACCGAAUUAAAAUAUGUUUGGCCACCGAAAGUUGUAUACAACUAAAUUAUACAAUAAAUUGGUCGGUAGCAAUUAUAUAGUUAUUAGUUACUAUAUUAUUCGAUUUCGACACUAUAGACACAGCAUAAAGACUCCUAAAAAAAUUACAAUUUGUGCGGUACAUAAUAUAAUAUUAUUAUACGCACGUCAAAGAGAAUAAUCGUUUAAACUCAAGACGGUAUAUACGGACACACCGCACAUUAUAGUGGUGUAUGUAAAUCGGACGUUCGCGCACACCGCGUUUGCAUCACUCGUUGUGUACAACAAGCGUACUUACAUCUAUACGCUAUUGUCUAAAGGUCACAGCUUGUAAAUAUAUUCGUUUUGUUCGCUACAGAAACUACUUGUGUAAAUAUAAUAUUAUCGUCAUAUUUAAAAACUAAUGAUUUCCGAGAUGAUUGCAUUUGAAUCGUUACCAUAUAAAUCUAUAUUCUCAUAUAUACCCAUUUAACAUGUUAGGUAUGUAUAGAUGUUAUACACGUUAUGUUCGCGAUUGUUAUGCGAAUAAAGGUCGAUGACUAUAUUAUAAUUUAUAACCUGUCAUAUAUAUUAAAACUUUUAUUAUCUAAUAGGCAAAUCGCCUUUCUAAGUAGGUGACAUUUUUUUUUCUUUAUAUAACUUGUUUUUUUACGUAAUUUUAUACAUAUACCAUAUUAUAUUUAUUAUUAUUUAAGUACUAAAUUAAUAAUUUAAACGAGAAAUCCACCGAAUACUGUAUUUUAAUACUAACUAUAAAUAUUUUUAUGUUAAUAGAUAGGUAUGUUAUAAUACCCAUUAUAGCAAACAUAAUAUUAUAUAUAUUUAUUUCAUUAUUAGUAAAAUAAUAAAAUAGUUUGAUUUUAUUAUUCAAAACUUACUAAAAAUAUAUUUAAAAAAAAUAUAGCUGAAUAAUUGCUAAAUAAUACAUGAAUUAUAACCGAACAGCUAAAAUAGAUUUGUAUAUGUUUUAGGUCUAUAUUUUGAUUUAUAGUAUUAUAUGCUCAAAUAUCAAUAACAUAAUUUGUAAUUUGUAAUUGCAUAUUUUUUGUUAAAUACGUAAAAUUUAGAAAUAUAACUAUACAUAAAAGUAAAGUAUUAAAUAAUUUUAAUUUUUAAGCACACUAUAUACAUUUUUAGACUAUUUAACAUCAAUAUCGAGGAUAAUUAAAAUACUCUUAAUAAAAAAGAUAAAUGUAGAAAGAUAAUUUUUAAUUUUUAUUAAAAAUAACGAAUAUAUUUAAUUUAUUUUUGAGAAGUAUAUAUGAAGUUAUUUAAGUUUUUUUUUAAAUAUUAUUAAGAUAAACAAAACAUACAGAGUAAUAUGUGUUAUGAGUUUAAAUACUAAAAUUGUUCUAUACAUAUUAUAAUUACGAAGUUCAAUAAGUUAAUUGUAUUUUAAUCGGUAAUAUACAUUUUAUUAUUUCAAAAAGUUUAUUAGUAUAGAUAUGUAUAAUCCAAACAAACAGUUGCUAACAAUUAUUCAGUUUAUUGAAUAAAAAUACUUUCCAUAUUAUUUUAAAUUAACACAUUUUUCGAUUAGUGCAACCUCAACAUAUGUGUAACUAUAGUUUAGGAGUUAAGACAUAUAAUAAUGUAUUUUAACAAUUGAACAAAUAUAUUUUAUUUUUUAGAAAUAGAACGGAAUUUUCAAUGUUUAAAAAUUGUCAAAAAUAAGUAAAAUAUAACAAAAAAUUUGUUUCAUUAGUUAAUUUGUAUUUUUAUGUAUUUUACUUGAUUAAAUGUAAUCGAUUAUCCAUUUUAAAAAUAUUUAUUGUGUAAUACCGUGGAUAAUGUUACCAAAUUAUAAUACAUAUUAUUACAA